CUUGCAAGAGAGUACCAAUAAUUCAUUACAACCUGCAAGCGAAACAAUAUUUAGUAGAAUGGUUGAUAUGCUUCGGUUCCCCUCUAGAAUGGUUGAUAUUCCUUCCAACAAAGAGAAAUCUGCUUCCUCUGAACGUUCUUACAUGGAGUUGGAACCCACCUCCUCCUUACAAGGGUCACAACCUUGCCUUCACUUUGAAUUUCCUGAGAUUCAGCAAGCAACCAAUGAUUUUGAUGAMUCAUUAGUAAUAGGGCAUGGGAGUUUUGGAAAAGUUUAYAAAGGUAAUGUUMUYAAUGGAUCAAGUCUUGUUGUUGCUGCCAUUAAACGGUUGGAUUCCACRUCUAGUCAAGGAGCMGUUCAUUUUUGGKCCGAAGUUGAUAUACUUUYUAAGUUUCGGCACWGRAAUCUUGUGUCUUUGAUUGGUUAUUGUCAUYAUGGAAAAGAGAUGAUUCUUGUCUAUGAAUAUAUGCCCAAYGGAACACUUGGRGAUMAUCUCCAUACACAUGGUACCCCUCUCUCUUGGCUUCAGCGASUCAACAUCUGCAUAGGUGCCGCUCAUGGGUUGCUCUACCUUCACACUGGUACAGAGAUUGUGCGUGGGGCUAUACAUCACGAUGUCAAGAGCUCAAAUAUUUUGUUAAAUGAAAUYUGGASGGCUAAAAUUUCRGACUUUGGGUUGUCCGAGAUAGACUCAAUAGAUAAGCCAUCGACAUAUGCCUACACAAUGGUUAGUGGCACUUUUGGGUAUCUAGAUCCAGCUUGUUCCUUCACCGGAAGGUUGACAAAGAAGUCUGAUGUGUAUGCUUUUGGGGUUGUAUUGUUGGAAGUGUUGUGUCGGAGGCCAGCACUGGAUAGAAGUCUUGAUGAGGACAACCCAAAUUUAGCAAGAUGGGCUCAAGARUCUAUCAGAGAAGGCAAUKUARAWCAUAUAAUUGAUUCUGAUAUAAGGGAUCAAAUAUCCCCAAAAUGUUUGAARAAGUUUGUUCAAAUURUAGAGAGAUGUUUGCAYGACAAUCCAAAACAGCGCUCUACCAUGGCAGAGGUUGUUGYCYGUCUUCAAUCAGURUUGACCUUACAARAGAAAUUCARUAGUUCAUUGCAACYGCAAAACAAUAUUUGAUAGAAUGGUUGAUAUGCUWCCCUUYCCCUCWAAMAUAGAGAAAUCAGGUAUUUCAAGCUCCUCUAAAAUUGUAUGUGCAGAUUAUAUUAUUUAAAUAUGCAUGUAUCCGUGUUUUCAAAUAUUUGAAGAACAUCAAU